AUGGAACGUAGUAAAUACACGGACCUUACGCUUAUUAAUGAGCGAAUACUAGAGCAAUGGACUGAACACGGACGUUUAAAAGUGUUCACACAACUUACAGACGCUAUACGUCGUUUUCUCAAGGACCAGGAGGAUUCCAAUUUACCUCGAUUAUUGUAUGAGCUUGUAUGGCUCGUUUUACAUACAAAAGUAUUAAAACAGGAGGUCGUAGAGCUACUUCAGGAGACACAAAUGAUUACGUAUUCAAAAGUGUGUGAUCUACUGACGGAUUUAUUGUGGGUGAUUGGCAAUGAAGUGGAGACUAGUGAACGUGGCCAUGAACGGCAUAAAUCACGAGAAUGGUGGAAUUUAUGUGCAUUUAUCAAGCACUUGGUGGAUGAAAAACUCUUGACAGUAUUGAGUCUUAAAGCGACACUUGAGUUUGAUCUACUACAUGAUGCAGAACUGGCACCUGAACCACAAUUAAUGACCAAAAAGAUGGUGCGGAUUAAUACCAAGACGCUGUAUACACAGACCAAGUACAAUUUGCUACGGGAAGAGACGGAAGGGUUUUCCAAGGUAUUGUGUCUAUUGCACACUGGAGUGACGAAGAACCAAUUGGAGGCGACGAAAACUGACUUGAUAGCACUGAUUGGUUUCUUUGACUUGGACGCAAACCGUGUACUAGACUUGGUACUAGACGUGUAUGAAAUGCAUCCAAGGAACGACUGUUUUGCACAGCUUUUUGAAAUUUUCAAACGCGAUAGCUUGCCUCACAUUAUAGGCUUUAAGUUUCAGUUCUACAAGCGCGACCCACCUGCUGUAGAAGGAGUCACAACGCCACGCUCACUUUACCGUCUAGCUGCGAUGCUGUUGAAUAAAGGCCUGCUUGAGUUGGAUACUCUCCUGCCACACUUGUCGCCUUCUCGUGAUGAUAUUGUGAAAGCGUCUAUGGAGCAUGAAAAAGAGCUGAUUGAGAAAGCGGUAUCAUUAGGCCAGGUUAACCUCGCCGCCAAGAAAGGUCUGGAAAAAGCUGAGGAUGAGGACGAAACUGCGGCCGUUGCUGAGAAACGAAAGCAGGAAGCAGAACACAACCAGGUGUACGGAUUGAUUAUUGGACUUUUGGAGGUUGGCGCACGGGAGCGCGCGUUUGAUAUGAUUUCGUGGUUUCAAAAGCGAGGUGUGAAUCCUCUUACGUUUACUCCGCUAGCCACAGAACUCUCUGCUGUCGUAAAUGUGAUGAUUGAGGAGGUAUAUGCACCGCUUUCGUCUCGCAGGUUGGAGCUUGUUAAUGCCAAGAGUGGCGAAUCAAUGACUCUUACGGAGAAACGAGUGGACCACGAGAGUACGAGUAGCCACUACAUUCGUCGCGUGGCUACACUAGAAGACUUUGUGUCCGAAGGUUUUCCUAUCGUGGAAAUGAUCGGUCCUCAAUUGUUCCACGACGAGUUUCUUUUCACAAAGCUAUUGCGUAUCGUUGGCAAGUUGGUCGAUGAUCAUUUAAAGAAGUCUAGCACUUCUGUUGACAAGGAUGAAAUGGAUGUUGUACUUUUGGACAAGGUAAAGUUGCUAUUGAUUGGUACAUUCCUUCCCGCCAUGUCCCUGCAAGAAUGCAACCCAAGCACAUCAUUUUUGGUGUGGGACCUGAUAAAGUCUUUUCCUUGUGAUGAGCGCUACAGAAUGUACCUGCAUUGGUUCGAGGCGUACGACAAGUAUCCCGAACUGCGUCUUAAGGAGGCUCAGGCAAUACAGAGCACGCGCGGAGUCAUGCGACGGCUCACAGCAGACCGGGCAAAGCUGUCCGCACGCUGCCUGACUCAUGUGUCGCAUUCGAACCCGCUAAUUGUAUUCCGCACAAUGCUGCGGCAGAUUCAGUCGUACGAUAACUUGAUCCAGCCCGUGGUUGAAUCAUUCAAGUUCGUUACGCCAUUGGGGAUGGACGUACUGUCAUUUGUUCUCGUAAGCGAAUUGUCAAGACCGCAGAAGUCAAUGAAGCUAGACGGGACACAUGUCUCACUUUGGCUGACGUCGCUUGCAAACUUUUCGGGCAGUUUUUAUCGCAAAUAUCCGAAUGUGGAGCUAGCUGGUCUUCUCCAGUAUCUCAUUCAGCGUCUUCAGAACUGGGCGUCAGUAGAUCUUAUUGUAUUGAGUGAACUGCUGACAAAGAUGGGAUCAUGCUUGAGUCUGGAGGAUAUUUCGGUGAGUCAACUUGAAGCUCAGGCAGGUGGGCCACACCUUUGGUAUGAGCCGACGGACCCAAAAUUCCAGAACCGUCGUGCUAUUCCAAAACUGCGCGAUGCUUUGAUCAAGCGGAAUUUGGCUCUACCACUGUGUGUGCUAAUUUGUCAGAUGCGCAGCCGUAUUGAGUAUCAUGAAGACAGUAGUUUUCCACAUCUGAAGCUGCUUGGACGAGUGUUUGAUACUUGCCAACUCACGCUCAGCCAGCUUAUGCAGUUUCUCGGUGGUGUUGUUGACCCACUGGUUUAUCGGAAAAUGCUUCCUUCGAUCACGACGCUAGUCCGCGAUUACAAUGUACCACCGGAGUUGGCUAUGUCACUCUGUCGUCCGGCAAUGCGUAGUGAUGAUCCAGUUUUGCAAACUGUACCGCGUGGUGUGCACGCCACUGGCGGUAGUAAUACGACUAAUAACGGGACCAAUACCGAUGGAUCCAUAUCGAACGAUCCAUCGAACGGGGAAAAAAGUUGGUACAUGUACAAUUCUUCUUUCCUGGAGGACAUCAAGGGUGCAUUGCGAGCCGAUACUGGAUUGGGUGAUGAGACGGAAGCGCCCUUUACUGGAAUGACACCGGAAGUGUACGCAACGUUUUGGGGGUUAAAGCUGUACGAUAUUUAUAUUCCAUUCCAGCAAUACGAAUCCGAGAUUUUGCGUCUGCGGAAUUCCGUCACUUCUGGUGCAAAUGCAUCGCUUAGUGCAAGUGAGCGCAAAAAGCUGAAAGAAAAGACAACACAGAUGAUUGAUGUACUUACUACGGAACAAAAAGACCAAGUGGCCCAUCGAAAACGAGUUUACGAGCAACUGGAGAAGAUGAAAGGAAGGUAUUUCAAAGCUGAACCAGAAGGUCCUCAAACUGCAAUAGAUGAGCUGUUGCAGAAGUGUAUAAUUCCGCGCUCACUCAUAUCGCCUGAAGACGCGCUGUUUUGUGCCAAAUUUAUGGAGCUUUUGCAUACUAUUUCAACGCCACAAUUGAGUAGUUUGCAGUACUUUCACAAGAUGAAUAUGAAGGUAUCAGCAAUAGUGUUAUGCGCAACGGAGCGUGAGGCGAGCAAUUUCGGUUUUUUUAUGAAAGAGACCUUAGGACUUAUUUUGCGCUGGUACCAGAACGGUGCAACGUAUGACGAUGAAGCGAUCCACGGCAAGAUUGGCAUGAGCCUGGAUCUGGCUGACGGCGCGAAAAGUCUUGCUCACCGUCAGUUUAAGUCAGCAUAUGUUCGCUGGCACCAACAGCUAGAGCUCGUGUACACGACGGCGCUUUCGAGUGGAGAGUAUAUGCCAAUCCGCAACACACUGGUGGUACUCACAAAGCUAAUUGAUGUGUUUCCUGCGGGCCGCGGAACAGCUGAAUUGAUCUUGGGUAUUGUGGAAAAGCUAACGAACGAGGAGCGGGAAGAUAUCAAGAUCAUGGCCAAACGAUACUUUGCUUUGCUAACCAAGCGCAAGGCGUCACUUAGCGAUGACAGGCUACUGCGUACUCGUAAUGCUUCAUCUAAACCAUCGACUGCCGUGCCAUCGACCAACGACAAAAAGAAUGCAACUGUGAAAGAGGAAAAGAAAAGCAGCGUGGAUGAUAGCAGCCACAAUGAACGUAAACGUGAUAGUUCAAGUAAACCAGCGUCAAUCCACGCAGCGAGUCAAGAAGUUGAAAGCGGCGAAAUUGUGAUGGGAAAGAGUAGCAACAUCAGUGAUACCUCUUCCUGGAUUAAAGAGCGAGAUUUGGAGCGUGGACCAGGCGGGGACCGCAAUUAUAUUGGUCGUGGUGGGGGAGGUAGUUUCGCAGAACCUAGCCAUGACCAUCGCAGUCGUGCAGAGCGUGAAGAGUCUGAGAGUUACCAAAACAUCUCGACGGAUACUUUUCGUGAACUUGGCGUGGAUGAAAAGCAGGGUCGUCAAGAUCACCGCAAUCGUGAAUUGUUGCCCACGCCUGCAGACCGCAAUCGUGAAUUGUUGCCCACGCCUGCAGACCGCAGUAGCUCGACAAAUACCCAAACAAACGAGUUGAAGGAUCGCAGCGGAUCAGCAUCGCGUAAAGCGAGGAGAUCGCCUCCUCGGCGAAGUCGGUCAGGAGAUCGUGCUGAAGACCGUGGCAACAAUAGCGAUAGUCGUCGCUCUUCACGCGAACGAGAAAACGGGCGUGAACGCGGACAAUUUAGCCGUGGUGGGCAAGGUGAAGGAGAUCAUAGAGGACUAGGUGAUCGUCGCAGCAGUCGAAGUGGCAGUCACGACCGUCAUGAGCGCAACUCGCGAAAUUGUGAUGUAAUUCACGGACUUGCAGAAAACGAGGCGACAAGGAAACCAGAGGCUCCUCAAUUUAGCCGGAACGAAGAGCCUGACAAGCUGGCUUUGUCACCAAAGCCUGAUCGUGCCUUCGAGUCUGCGAAACUAAAUCGCGGGGCAAGGGCAGAGCGUGACUUUGUGAAAGCUGAGCCUUCUCUUCUUGAUGCUGGGCGGAAGAGAGUGCGGCCUAUUGAGCAGUCGGAGGCUGCAUUACGUCGUCAGCUUACCGCCGAGAAGGAGGCAAAGGCCAAAGAGCAGCAAUCUGGCGAGCGCACUAGGCCAAUAGCGCGUGAUCGCAUGAGACCUCCGCUUUCGUCACCGGUGACAGCUUUUUCAGCGGGAAGGGCCUCGCCAACAGAUGCUGGAACGCUAGCUGGUGGGGCACGUAAGAUCGUGUCACUCGUGCCCUCAUCACGCAAGCGUGAGCGCGAGCCUUUAACUGAUAGUGAAGCGCCCAGUAGCAGCGCAGGUAACACACUAGAAGGAAAACGACGUCGCGAUGGUGGCGGCAGCAACAGCAAUUGGGGCGAGCCUAAGCGCGGAAAUGAAGACAAGCGCAAACGAAGAAACAAAAGUGGUGGCGGUGAUAGCUACAAUGGAAACCAGCAGCACCAGCUUCAGCACCAGCCUCAGCAUCAGCCUCAGCACCAGCUUCAGCACCAGCAGCGUGACCAAAUGCGUGGACGCCAGGAUCGUGGUGGCCGUAAUGGUAGUGGACACUUUGAUAAACGCAUUGGUCAAGAAGAGCGCCGUGGAAAUAGUGGUGGCGGUGGUGGCGGCCGUCGGCAUGAUCGCAAUGACAAUCGUGGAGGUCGCCGGUAG